UUUCGUUUCGCUCGCAGGUUUCACGUUAAAUAUUAUCUAUUUUUGAAAAUCUAGAUUUUCUAAAAACAUUGUGGUCUGCAAACGGUCGGUUUUUUCCUGAUGAAUUCCACUGAUGAACCGCCAAGCGAAGAUGAUUCGUCCCCGCCGGCGGUCGAAGAGCGAACGUGGCGUGGUGUUCCGAUGGACAUCGUUUACCGGGGAUUAGAUCGCUUCGAGCUGCGCCACUUUGCGGACGUGCGACCGUCCGAAGAUCACACCGUACUGUACCAUCUGCCGGUGAAUCCGGACGCGGCAGAGCCGCCCAAACCUCGUCGUUCUUACAACAAGUGGGACUCGGAUCAUGUUCGGCUUCCCUGUUCGCAUCGUAGUCAGUAUCCGGUGGAGCAAAGCGAUGGUAACACUACGCUGGAAUGCCGCUGGGAUUUGGUGCAGAAUGCGCUGCUGCAGCCGAUUCGGGACAGCCGUCAGCUGGAGGCGGCCAUUCUGUCCUACAAUACGAAGUAUGCCAGCAGUUGGAAAUUUAAAUCGCUUCAUAAGUUGUUUGAACAAGAACUGGAGGAAGAAGAGAGUGCCGGAUUCUUCGAGUAUACUUUGCCGAAAAUUAUUCAGUUGGCGUUGUCCUUGCCGGAGUUAGUUCCCGGUGCUAUUCCCCUGCUGAAGCAGGGUUGUAAUAAAGCGGUUUCUCUUACACAGCAGCAGGUGGCUUGCUUGCUGGCGAAUGCUUUUCUGUGUACUUUUCCUCGACGGAAUACUCAGAAAAAGAAAAGUGAAUACAGUCUUUUUCCGGACAUAAACUUUAAUCGGUUGUUCCAGAGCCAAGGUCGGCAGGUGAUUGAAAAGAUUAAAUGUAUUUGCAACUACUUUCGGCGGGUUUGUACGCGGAUGCCGACCGGAGUGCUGACGUUCCAGCGAAGGUACAUCAAUCCGAAGCAGUUUAUCGAUUGGAAUAAGUGCGAAGCAGUUGUUACGAGGACUGUCGUGCCGGUUCACAUUACAUCCGAGGGGACUAUUGAGGAUCAAGGGAAAGGAUUGCUGCAGGUUGAUUUCGCCAACAAAUACUUGGGAGGUGGUGUGCUAGGUCACGGUUGUGUGCAAGAGGAGAUUCGAUUCGUAAUCAAUCCGGAACUGUUGGUUUGUCGAUUGUUCACGGAAGCGUUGAAACCACAGGAAGCCCUGGUGAUGAUGGGUUCUGAGCAGUUCAGCGAGUACAGCGGCUAUGCAUCGAGUUUCUGCCUUGCCGGGGACUAUCGCGACGAAACACCGCGAGAUGCUAGCGGUCGCAGGGAAUGCUAUAUCGUGGCGAUCGAUGCGUUGCAUUUUGUGCAAGGAUCGCACCAGUAUAGGGAGGAACUGCUGUUGAGGGAGCUUAACAAGGCGUACGUUGGAUACUUCCAUCCGCUGUCGACGCCAGCUCCCGGAGUCGCCACAGGCAACUGGGGUUGUGGUGCCUUUGGAGGGAACGCUAACUUGAAAGCAGUGCUACAGCUGAUGGUAUGCUGCGUUCUAAAUAGGCCUAUGGUUUACUAUACCUUCGGAAAUAGAGAGCUGAGGGAUCAGAUUUAUGCAAUGUACACUUUUCUGGUGGAUAACAAAGUCAAAGUCUGUGAAAUAUGGCGCUCGUUAAAAUCCUUUAGGGAACACAAUCUUCCAGCAAGCAAACUUUAUCCUUAUUUCUAUCAGGAUUAUUAUGACCGGAAAAAUAACAAAAAAUGUACCUUUGGCAUUAAAACCCAAUCCAAAGCUAGUAGAGACAAACCACCGGACCAGCAACCUUCUGCUGAGCCCAGUCCGAAUGGGGACCGAGAUUUGCUGGACGACGAAAGUUUGGCUAAUUUAAUGAAAGAUUUAGUCGAUGAUGACGAUGCGCUUUCCGAUCAACCAUCGUCCUCCUCGGUUGCCGGGGAAUCGAAAGAGGAAGCAACCAUGACCUUGGUGACUCCUUCGCCGAAAAAAUCCGGCCGAAUGUCACUGAUCGCCGAGCUGGAUCGAAGUUAUUACUCUGUUGGACCUGGUCCGGCGAAGAAGUUGUGUCCUUCGGUGUCGCCUCGGCCUACGGCCGCAGGGGAUGAGGUUCGAAUCCAGAUUGAGGAGGAAGGAGAAAGCCUAGUGGGGGGUAAGUCGCCAGUUGACGAACGCACGGUGGAAGGUGCCAUCCAAUUCGAGGACGAAGUUGGAGAGUUUGUCGAAGGAACACCUCCAGCGCAGGCGAGAAAGAGCGUUGGCGGCAGCUGUGGAAAGCAAAAGAUAUCGGACUAUUUUACGAAGAUUGGUAAGUAGACUGUGCUCCACGGUUGGAAUUGAA